CCCGCGGCGGGAUGGAGCCCGCAGCUCGCCUGUGCCUCGCCCUCUGCCUCGCCGGAGUCCUCCCGGCCCCGGGCUGCCGAGGAGCGCAGGGCAGGUUCGCCUACAAACUGCUCCACGACCUCUUCGCCAACUACUCCAGCGCCCUGCGACCCGUGGAGGACACGGACCGGGCGCUGAACGUCACCCUCCAGGUCACCUUGUCCCAGAUCAUCGACAUGGACGAGAGGAACCAGGUCCUCACCACCUACCUGUGGGUCCGCCAGACCUGGCUGGACGCGCACCUGACCUGGGACAAGGACGAGUACGGCGGCAUCGACAGCAUCCGCAUCCCCAGCAGCUACGUGUGGCGGCCGGACAUCAUCCUCUACAACAACGCGGACGAGCACUUCGGCGGCUCCAUGGAGACCAACGUGGUGCUGCGCUCCGAUGGGCACAUCAUGUGGGACUCGCCCGCCAUCACCAAGAGCUCCUGCAGGGUGGACGUGUCCUACUUCCCCUUCGACGGGCAGCAGUGCAGCCUCACCUUCGGCUCCUGGACCUACAACGGCAACCAGCUCGACCUCCGCAACCAGCUGGACAGCGGGACACUGACGGACUUCGUGGAGAACGUGGAGUGGGAGGUGCUGGGCAUGCCGGCCGCCAGGAACGUCAUCACCUACGGCUGCUGCUCCGAGCCCUACCCCGACGUCACCUACACCCUGCUGCUGCGCCGCCGCGCCUCCUUCUACAUCUUCAACCUGCUCCUGCCCUGCAUCAUGGUCUCCUUCCUGGCCCCGCUGGGAUUCUACCUGCCGGCCGACUCGGGGGAGAAGGUGUCGCUGGGGGUGACGGUGCUGCUGGCCCUCACCGUGUUCCAGCUGCUGGUGGCCGAGAGCAUGCCCCCGUCGGAGAGUGUCCCGCUCAUCGGGAAGUACUACAUCGCCACCAUGACCAUGAUCACGGCCUCCACGGCGCUCACCAUCUUCAUCAUGAACGUGCACCACUGCGGGCCGGGGGCCCGGCCCGUGCCCCCCUGGGCACGCCGGCUCAUCCUGCACCACAUGGCCCGGCUCUGCUGCGUCUACGAGGUGGGCGAGAGCUGCAAGAGCCCCCGGCGGGCACCGGGCGGGCAGGCGGCCGUGGGGGACGCCGAGGGAGCGGGGGACAGCCCCGGGGAGGGGCAGGUGGGCACGGAGGUGCCGGGCUGUCCCUGGGACCACUGCCUGUGCCACCACGACGCCCUGCUGAGGAACGUGGGGUACAUCGCCGGCUGCUUCCGGCGCCACCGCGCCAACCAGCGCCGCACCGGAGAGUGGAAGAAGGUGGCCAAGGUGAUGGAUCGCUUCUUCAUGUGGGUCUUCUUCCUCAUGGUCUUCCUCAUGAGCGUGCUGGUCCUGGGCAACGCAGCCUGAUGGCUCUGCGGAGCCAGCACUGCGAACCCCCAGGGACAGCGGUGGCUGCGGUGCCUUGUGAGGGUGACACAAAUGUCCCUGGUCCCCCCCAAAUGUCCCUGGUCCCCCCCAAAUGUUCCUGGUGCCCCUCAAAGCUGCAGGGCAGGAGCUGCACCAUCACUGGGAAGGGGUGCCAGACCUCCAGUGGGACCCCCAGCUGCAGGGCUGAGGGGUCCAGCCCCUGUCUGACUGUACCAGAGUGGGCACCCCCAUCCCUCUGUGGCAUCCUGCACCUGAGAAAUCCA